AUGUUCUUUCAAAGAACAUUCGUAUACUUUCUAUACCAAAUAAGGAGAUUCAAGCAACUCCGAGUUAACCAGGAAGUUCAUAAACGAAAUAGUACGACUAUACGAUCCACUACCUUGGCGGUAAAGCUUGGUUGGGAUUAUCAUAGCUGGUCAGGUGUUCCUAUAGAAGAUUUACUGAGCGUAGUGGAACUGAAGGAGUUAGAAGAAGGUAAGUUAUCUUAUGGAAUGGUCACAUUAGAAGAGCUAUUACGCAUAGGGACAGCAAGUAUUAUUGGAGAGAGUGUUUCCAAGAAGAACGAAGAAGGACGCUUUGGUCGGAAACGUGAUGCUACUGACGAAAGUCCGCAGGAAAACGUAUUUCCAAAGAUGCCACGUGUUGUAGAAGAGGAGAAUGGAGAUACUUAG